AUGGCCACCCCAGCUCAAGCUAAUAACACCCACAACAACGGUCCCAUCGACCACAACGACCUCAACGAAUGGAAGGAUCGUUUCAAUGACGUUCUCGCUCGCCCUAGCGAGCACGUCAACUCGAAGUCUCCCGAGACUUCUCGACCUUGGCAGAACGGCUUUUUCGGCUGCUUCAACCCUAUCGACCUUUGCGCCAUCACUUGCUGUGUUCCUUGCGUGACCUUUGGUAAAACCCAUCACCGUCUUCGUAAGAACGGCAGCCUCACGGGCUAUGAGCCUAUCAAUACUUCUUGUCUCAUGUUCUGGGGUUCCACUUGCUUUGGCCUCCAUUGGAUCCCUCUCGCCCUUCAGCGCGCCAACCUUCGUGAGAAGUACAAUCUCCAGGGCAGCUGUCUCGUCGAUCUUGCUACUGCUUGUUGCUGUGGGUGCUGCGAUCUGAUUCAACAAGAAAAGGAGGCAGAGUUUCGCGAGGCUCAGACUGCUAUCGCAAGCAAGGGCUACGAGGCCACAGCGGGAAUGAGCAUCCCCCAACCUGAGCAGAAAGUCUAA